AUGAAUCGUUCUAAACAAGAAAUAGAAGAAUUUUUGAAUGAAAGUUUAGAAUUUGAUUCCGACACUACUGAACUGUACGAUUCAGAUGCGGACCCCGAAUAUUUACCGAAAGUAAUCGACAAAACAAUUUAUACAGGUAAUAAUGGUAAUAUUAUUUCUGCUGGCCCAUCGCAUACACUAUCAUUGUCAUGUUCUUCAUCAGAUGACGAAUCCGCUUCAGAAAGUUCGAGUGAUAGUGGUAAUGAUGAUGAGCCAGAUACUGAUUUUUGGGUAGAAACGUAUGUAGAUAUUCCAGACUUCAAUUUUUGUAGAGAUAAUAUUGGAAUACAAUUUGAAAUAAAUGAUAGUGCACUAAAAGAUCGUCCUCACAAAAAAGGUAGCAGGUCAACACACUUUCAGCAAACUUGUUCGCAAGAAGUUCAAAAUUUUUUGGGUUUGUGUCUUCUUGGUGGUUCUAUAAAAUUUUCGGUCGUAAGAGAUAUGUUUUCAGACAACCCAUUGUAUUAUCAUCCAAUUGUGCGUCAUAUUAUGUCAGGAAGAAGGUUUGAAAAAUUACUAAGAUGUUUUAGUGUUGAGUAUGCAAGUGAUAAUCCAUUAGUUGGUCCCAUGAAGAAAGUUUAUCCUGUUUUUGAUAUGCUUAUACAAAAGUUCCAAAGCUUAUAUUUUCCUGAUGAAAAUUUAUCUCUCGAUGAGUCUUUACUUCUACAUCGUGGUCGGUUAAAAUGGCGACAAUAUAUUAAAAACAAAAAAGCCAAAUAUGGAAUUAAGUUCUACGAACUCUGCUCACAUGACGGAUAUGUUUUAAAUAUUGAUAUGUAUAAAGGUAAAAAUACGCCAUCAACAGUUAUUGAACCUAACCUUGAAGGUUUUACAACAAAAUGGAAAGACAAAAGAGACGUGCUCUGUAUUACAACUAAAAAUCACCCAAAAAUUGUAUCUACAACAAAUAGAUAUGGUCUCGAAAAAAAUAAACCAAUAGAGAUAAAGGACUACAAUGAUUUUAUGAAUGGUAUAGAUCGUUCAGAUCAGAUGAUAAGCUAUUACUCGUGUCCCAGAAAAACCGCUAGAUGGUAUAAAAAGGUGUUAUUUCAUUUGCUCGAUGUAUCCACCUGGAAUUCAUAUUUUAUUUUUAACAAAAAGUUUGGUGUAACAAAUGUUACCUUUAAGCAAUUCCGUGAUUUACUCAUCAAAAAUUUAAUUGGUCUUCCAAUAGAAAUUACUGCAGCAGAACUUUUCAAAAACAAAAAAAGCAAAAAAGCAGCACCUGAAAAUAAUCAUUACUCAGAAAAAAUACCUCCUCCACCAAAUUUUAAUAGAGAAACAUACUUUAAAAACUGUAAGCAGUGCUAUAAGAUGAAAAUAAGGAAACAAACAUCAUUCCAAUGCAAAAUUUGUGGUAAACCUUUAUGCCCAGGUAAAUGUUUUGAAGAAUGGCACAAGGAUAAUAUUAUAUAA